UCGCGUAUCCUGCCGUCGAUUUGGUACCGUGAUGAUCAGUGAACGUGUGAAGUGUGUUCUGGGGACCACCGAGAACCGGUCGCGGUUCCUGACCACGGUUUUCCUAAUUACGGUGUUUACCAGGAGUGCCUGGACCGACAACUCCACCGGUUCCGAGGGACCGAGCUUUACCGUGCCAAUAACGAACGUGACGGUCCCAUUGGGCAGAGAAGCGGUGCUCGCUUGCGUUGUCGCGAACCUUUCCAACCACAAGGUAGCAUGGCUACGCGUGGACACACAAACGAUUUUAACGAUAGCCAAUCACGUGAUUACAAAGAAUCACAGGAUCCUAGUCACGCACACCGAGCAUAAAACGUGGCACCUGCACAUACGAGACGUCAAGAAGUCGGACAGGGGCGCGUACAUGUGCCAGCUGAACACCGACCCGAUGAAGAGCCAAACUGGCUAUUUGGAAGUCGUAGUUCCGCCAAACAUCUUAGAUUAUUCCACGAGCACGGACAUGAUUACCAACGAGGGAAGCAACGUGACGUUGCGCUGCGCUGCUGACGGCACACCCACGCCGAACAUCACCUGGAGAAGAGAAGACGGGGAAACUAUACUACGCGGGAAUGGCAAGGAAGUGAAGAGCAUAGAGGGAUCAGUCUUCAACAUCACCAAGGUCAGCCGAUCGCAGAUGGGAGCAUACUUCUGCAUUGCUUCCAACGGCGUGCCACCCACCGUCAGUAAAAGAAUAAUGCUCAUAGUGCAAUUUGCUCCAGAGAUUUCGAAACUGAAUCAAUCGGUGGGAGCGCAGCUGGGGCAGAACAUGACUUUGGAGUGUAAUUCAGAGGCAUUCCCGAAAUCGAUCAACUAUUGGACGAAGCUACCAAAAGACGAAGCUAUAAAAGAUGGCGCGGCGUACAUGCAGACGGUCUCAGAAAGCCCGUACAAAGUGCACAUGAAACUUGCAAUUCGCUCGGUAGCGAAGGCGGAUUACGGGGUAUACAAAUGCAUAUCAAUAAACACACUCGGCGAGGCGGAUGGCAGCAUCAGUCUCUAUGAGAUUCCGACGCCAACAACGCAAAUGAGGACGACGUCGACCACUCCGCAGCCUACGAUCCAAGAAGUCGAAAACAUUCAAAAUUCACGGCAGAGGCCAUUACCAAGCGCCGAACCAAAUCCUUUCCAAAUAACGGUCUCGUCGUUGCCCAACGUCGUAAGAAACGAUGACGUCCGUAUCCACGGGAGGGCGAGCAGCGGCGGGUACAACGACGUGGAAAACAAUGUAGCGACGAAAGGACGGAAAAGUAUCGACAGCCAAGUACGACCACGAAGAAUCGACAACACGGCGCAAUCGAUGUCAUCCAGGGGCAGCGGCACGAAUUUUCUCGCGCAAUCUAGAGCGGCCGUCUGCAUAAUCCUACUAUCCGCGCUGUCGUAGUCGCGUCAACGCGCAAAAAAGAAUGGUUAUUCGAGGAAAAUCCUUCGGGGAUCAAGAUUCGUCCUGUUCAUCGUCAUUUAUCUCAUCCGCGAAAGGGAUCAAUUAAUGGAUGCGCGUCGAUAGAAUAAAUUUAUCGACGGCCAUCGCCGUCGCAGCCGCUUUCACCGAAAUCAACGACACACACGCGGAACACAGUAACGUGCACAGAUACACGCGCAGAGGCAGACACACAUAUAUACGCACACACGCCGAUUUUUCCUUGCAAAUGUUGCGACAAUACACCAAUCGUUCCGCAUCGAAUGUGCUUCGCAUGAAUCGCCUCCAAUUAUUUUUCAGGCGCAGCUUCCGAAUCUUUCCGUAAAUUAAGCUAAUGAGGAGAAUCUGAUUUCAAAGGCAGUUCUUUUUAAUGAAACUUGAGUCUAAAUUUGACACUGGAACAAUCGAAGUUCUUCUUACACAGCCACUUGCUGGAUACUUUUAAUUUGUCCAGUCGUGUUUUAUAAUAGUAAUCGUGCGAUUUAUCGAUAAACACAAUUUUGCUACUUUUAACCGUUUGCAGUCGAACGACCCAUCUCUACGGACGUAACGAGACUGCUGUUAAUUGUGAUGCUUCGAAGAUUAAACAUUUCUGUUUCGUAUGAUCCGUAUCGAUGCAAUCUUUUGUAUGAAAGUCUACUUAAAUGGAAUAAUUGUUUUCGACGUUGCGCGAUUUUGUAGAUAUUUUAUUUGUAGUUAGUUGCUACUUACACGCAUGUACACGUUCAAUACGAUAAAUACGUUCGCGUCGUUGGCACUCGAAACAAUUCUACGAGUGAGU